AUGAACUCAGCUUCGAACCCGAGUAGAUCUCCGGAUGCCAACGGUGUCAUCUCCCUUCACUCGAUGGACGCACAACAUGGACAUGACGCUCAGGCACAGCUGCAAAUCGCCUCCUCGCGGGACAGCCUACCUUCGCAGGUCUCGACCUCUCAGCUCUCGAUGGCUUUCAUCUACUAUUCCGUUCAACUUCAGAAGGCAGCACUAUCCAGACUCGAGGCAAAGUUGACUGGUUUAGCAGCCCAAACACCCGCCAGCAAUGAGCACUUCGCAGCUCUGAAGAACGAGAUCUCCGCGUUGAGAACUUCCAAGCAAGAGUGCGACAAGCUCAUGGCGGAGCACAAAGAGUCGUUGCAGCAAUACUCAGGCGCAAAAAUCGACGAUCUGCGAGCCGAAUUGGAGCAGGUUACUACAAGCGUGGCUGCACAAAUCGCUAGCAACAAGGCCGAUGUCGAGGCCAUGGCACUCGUGCAGAAGAGCCUGGACGAGAAGUUCCAGGCGCAGCAGCAGGCCAUCCAAGAACUUUCCAGGAGUGACGAGAGUGCAAAGAGGCAAGAGGAACUAAUUCAAGGGAUCCAAAAACUACUCAGCAAGUGCAACACUAUCCUUGAAACGAGAGUGGCGGCCAGAAUCGACAAUACACCAAGGCGGCAUUGCCAGAAACUCCAACACGAGGUGGCCAGGCUCCACCAACAGCUCGCAGACACCAUAGAGAAACUUGAUUGUUCCAUCAAAUACCCGGAAUCUGUGAUAUCGCCAAAAAGAAGAGGUCGAGGCGAGCAGAACGAUCGUGUCCCAAGAAUCGUACCAGAGGUUGAUGAGGCAACAAGACGCCGCCGAGCAGUCUCUUCUUCUUCCACGGCAAGCUAUCCCAGCGAGGUCGAUGAGUCAGACGACUUGCAUAUGCGCCGAGGCAACAGCUACCUGAGGUUGUACGACAAAUACCGGCGUGCAUACCGGAUUCAAAAGCCACAGUCGGAGAAGAGGUUCAUCCGUAGAUUCCUCAGUAAACUAGAUCGUGGACAAGCCCAUCAUACGCAACACAAGAUACUUCAGGCAUAUCCGAGCUUGGUUGUCCGGAGAGAAAGACCACAAGAUAUCACCUCCAGCGGGGCAAAGGAGUUCAUUCGACUUGACAAUUUGUCGUGGCCGCUAGUAGCCGAUGCCAUCGCUAGCAUGACUGAGGAUGAUUUCAAGCUCAUGACCGGUGACAUGGUUACAGUGUAGCCCGAGAACACAGUGCUAGCGAACGCGCAACAUCACAUAGUUGAGAGGAUGCUCCGAAAUCCAUUGCUCUCAUCAGGAACAUACGAGCACGCGGUAGUAGGCAGCAAGCGUGCUGUUGGAAUGGAGAAAUUUGAAUGGCAUUUGCUCCGAAUG